ACCAAUAGAUGUUGGGUAUACCACAUAAGCAACUAUGGAUAAUCCAAAACAAGUUGCAAAUUCUUGCUACCAGAGUAAACACACAAAACAUCCAUUGAAGGAAGUCUUCAAAAACUCAAAAUUUGAGUGCGAAUGCUGCAAAAUUGAGGGUCAAGGCAUGAGAUAUCGAUGCCAUGAAUGUAAUGUCGAUAUCCAUUUGUCGUGUGAGACUUGCCCGAGUUCGCUCCCUUCGUUUACACACCCAAAUCACACACUACAAUUUAUGGACAAACCAAAGUUACCUAUCCAUAAAUGUAACCUUUGUCUACAACGUAUCAAAGGUAAGGUUUAUAGGUGUAAGGAAUGCAGGUUUUUUGUGCAUCCUAUGUGUAGUCAAUUUCCUGAAUAUUUGGUUGAGCAUGACAUACACCCUCCUCAUACUUUGAAGCUUCAACUAAUGGCUUCUAGUAAGUGUGAUGUUUGUGACAAAUCAUGUAAACAUUGGAGGUAUUUUUGUGAAAUUUGUGAUGUUCAUAUUCAUGUUGGGUGCUUGCCUGGCAAAGGUACUAGUGAUGAUGAUGAUGAUGAUGAAGGUGGAUUUGGAGGAAUCAUUUUUGACAUUUUAAGUACUCUUAUUAUUAAUGCUCCUUCAGGUUAAUCUUCAUGAGUUAUAUAGCUACUCACUUCUUGUGAUCUAUCCCGGUAGUCCUUUUUUCAUUCCCGUGUUUGCUGCUACUUUUAGAAGUUUGCUUAAGUCGUCUAUUAACCAUGAGGUUGAGUGGCGUCAAUCCAAAAGUUAAGCAUGGUUAAUAGAAUUAGUGUUUGCUGUCUAUAAUCCUAUUUGGAAUUGGAUGUAUGCUUAAUAAAUAUGUUUAUUUUUCAUUAUUAAAAUUCUGAGUUUUUAUUGCUUAGAAAUUUACAAAAGUAAUUAAGUUUGUGUUUGUGUA